AUGGCUAGACGAGGUCUUAUCAGUCUCUUCGUGAUCUUUCUUCUUGCUGCUGGGAUUUUGGCUCAUGAGACAACAUACAACGUCGUAGACUUUGGAGCCAAAGGAGAUGGCUACACAGAUGACACUCAAGCGUUUGUAAAUGCAUGGAGUUGGAUUUGUCGCAACAGCACAGGACCCUCCGCCUUGCUCAUUCCGGCAGGGAAGACAUUUUUGUUGGAUCGCAUUGUUUUCCAAGGACCCUGCAACUAUGCCAUUCACUUAAAGGUUGAUGGAAAUCUUAAAAGAAUAAAUGAAAUAUGGAAAGACAAGUUCAAUAGCUGGCUUCUUUUCAUUCGAAUCAGCGUCCUAAACAUCUAUGGCUCCGGCGAGCUCGACGGCCAAGGGACGGACUGGUGGUCAUGCAAAAUGAAAAAUAAAUGUCCAUUUGAAGCUGCCCAUAACCUGGAGCUGCUGAGUUGCACCAAUGUACAGAUAUGGGGGUUGAAGUUGAUCAACAGCCCCAUGAUGCAUAUAGCAGUGGGACAAAGCGAGAAUGUCUACAUCGGAGGGAUCACCAUCUCCACCCCCAGCGACAGCCCCAACACCGAUGGCAUCCACAUCCAGAAAAGCCAACAUGUCGUGGUAACAGACUCCGUAAUUGGCACAGGAGAUGAUUGUGUGUCGAUGAGUGAUGGUGCUGUGGAUGUUUCUGUCAGCAAUGUAACAUGCGGUCCUGGCCAUGGAAUAAGUAUUGGGAGCUUGGGCAUAGCUGGGACCGUGGCAACAGCAUCAGACAUCUACGUUUCCAACUGCACCUUCUCCCAAACGACCAAUGGAGUCAGGAUCAAAACAUGGCAGGGAGGGUCUGGCUUUGCGAGGAACAUAUCAUUUGUGAAUAUUAAGAUGAAUGAAGUGUAUUACCCCAUAAUUAUAGAUCAGUACUACUGCCCUCACAAACGCUGCUCAUAUAAGACAGCAGCAGUCCAAGUGAGCGAUGUGAAAUAUCUCGAUGUGGCAGGAAGCUCAACGAGUAAAUUAGCAAUUACUCUGAAUUGCAGCCAAACUGUGCCUUGCACCGGCAUCACCAUGGACAAUGUUAAUUUGUGGUCUGCAGAUCAGGGACAGCAGGUGCAGUCUAACUGCAUCAACGCCAAAGGAUCUGCAGGAAAUAAAAUUUCGCCUGCGGUCCCUUGCUUGACUACUUACUGA